AUGACAGUCGCAGCAAUGCCGGGUCGCUUCGUCCCAUCUCCUGCGCUUCCCCCAGCCUCCCCUGGUACGAGAUUUUCCUACGCUUCUCCGAGAAACUUCCCCUCCGACGAGCCUGGCUCGGCGCGCAAUGGGCGAGAACACCUCUCCCUCACAGACAGCUCGCUUCUUGACGCACUUGGAGGCGCUCAACGAACCUCCAGCGGCCACGUGUCAUCGGAUAAGACAAAUGGGGCUGCGGAAUCGUCGCCGCCUCUCGAGAAGUCGAGGGGAAGCGCGGAGGCGGAAGGCGGAACAGCCAAGAAGGAACAGAUGGCGGAGGAGGCGGAAAAGGAGGCGGAGAAUGGGGAGGAUAGGGGGGAGGAUGGUGGGGAGGAGCAGAGCAGUGGUGAGCGCAAGGUGCCAGGCGAAGGGCAGAAGGAGGGGGGGGUAUCGGGGAAGACGGGGGAAGGGGGGAGUGGUGGCGGGAAAGGGGGGAGCGGGGAGGGCGAGUGGUGCGAGGCGCUGGGCGGGGAGGUUUGUCUGGUGGCGUGCCGGCGACCGCAGCUGCUGGCGCGCAGUGAGAGGGGGCGGGGCGGCGUGUGCGUGAACAUCGAUGAUGAGCUGGGUGCUGGCUGGUGGCUGACGGGUGCAUUAGCGGCAGUGGAAUCGAGUGGUGCUGAUGGUGAGGUGGAGGGCACCGCUGGUGAGAGGUAUGCUGUAUCCUGGCAACUGUCCGGGGUGUACGAGCCAUACUGCAUGGACUUUGGGCCGCUCAGCGUGGCGUGCAUCCACCGCUACUGUGACACCAUGGACCAAGCCCUGCAGGUGGGCGCUCUGUGCUGCGUGCUGUCAUUGAUAGGAGGGGCGGGGCCUAUCACGGAGGGUGGUGCAUGUGUGCAGCAGCGCGCCCCACAAGAAGGCCAACGCCGCCCUGCUUGUCAGUGCCCCCUCCUCCCUCUGCUCCCCUUUUCCCCUCUGCUCCUCCCAGCGCUCCCCCUUCCCCCCUGCUUCUCACCACCUGUGCACUGCAUUUUCCCCAUUGCACCGCAAUCGACCGCCAGUACUCUGUGUCUGUGCUCUGCUCUAGCAGCGUAUCUCAUUCUGCGCCAUGCCAUGCCGGCCCAUGCCGCCCACGCGCUGCUGCGCCCCUUGGAGCCGCUGCCGCCCUUCAGGGACGCGUCCAACGGCGCGUGCACCUUCCACGUCACCGCACUCGACUGCUGCCAGGCGCUAGAGCGGGCACAGGAACGGGGCCUUAUUGCGGGGUUCAGGGUGGGCGAGUACGAGCGGCUGGAGCAGGCCGACCUCACGUGGAUGCUGCCAGGGCGACUGCUCGCCUUCAGCACGCCUGCUGACGACCCCGCCAGUGCCAUGGAGGGGUACCUCACCCCAGAGGACUAUGUGCAGUACUUCCGACAGGCGGGCAUAGCGGCCAUAAUCCGGCUCAACAGGAGGGUGUACGACAAGAGGCGAUUCACCCGCCAUGGCUUUGCUUUCUACGACCUCUACUUCCCUGAUGGCGGUGCCCCCUCAGAUGGCAUAGUGGAGCGGUUCUUCGCCGUGGUGGAGGGCAGCAACGGGCCCGUCGCCAUCCACUGCAAGGCAGGUCUGGGGCGCACGGGGGUGCUGGUGGGGUGUUACCUUAUGAAGCACUGCGGCAUGACGGCCAGGCAGGCCAUAGCAUACACGCGGCUCGUGCGGCCGGGGUCAGUGAUCGGGCAGCAGCAGCACUUCCUGGCGCUCAUGCACCCGCGCAUGGCACGUGCUGGAGAGGAGUUUCGGCGCAAGACCCGAGCGCUCUCGCCCUUCUCACCUCGCACCACCACCACCACUGCAUCCCACAACCCUCCCCCUGUGCUCCCCCACGCUCAUGCGCCCAGCCUCGCCCUGCCAUCGCGCACGGGGCGCAAGGUGUACGCGCGGACGGACGAGCAGGCAGCAGCAGCCGUGGCCGACUUGCAAUUCGCCCGCCACUCGCGCUCGCUCGCCCGCACCGGCUCCGUGCCUGUGCGGCCAGGCUCGGCAGGACCGGCACGGUCAGGCUCGGCCGGGCCAGUGCGGUCAGGCUCGUCAGUGUCCGCGUCGCUGCGGUUGCCCCUGGGGAGGAGUGUGAGCCGGCCAGGCAGCAGCAGUGGUGGUGCCGAGAGCAGCAUGAGUGGCGGGGGUGGUGGCGGGUGGAGGGCAUUGGACCCAAGCGGAGGAGGCAACGCGAAGGAGGGCGGAGGAAGCGGGGAGGAGGGUGAGGAAGGAGGGGAGGGAGGAGAGGAAGGGGGUGGGAUGGGAGUGCGGGAGAGCGGGGCAUGGGUGAGGCUGAGACGGCUGGGGGGAAGCAUGCGCAUGCCGUUUGACUCACUCGCCCUCUCCCUCUCCUCCUCCCCUGCCCUGCGCCGCCCCAUCAGCAAAUCAGCAUCCAUGUCCCCUUACACAUCCAUGCCUGCCAUGACUCCCAUGACUCCCCAUUCCUCUGUGCCUGCAUCCCAUGCAUCCCAUGCAUCUGCUGCUCUCCCCCCCGGCAUGGCAUCCCCCGAGCCUCGCCAUGUGAGGGCUGCCAGGCGGCUCAGGCUGAGGGGGUUGGGGGCGGCUGUUGAUGGAGUGCGGGUGGUCAGAGGGAUGGGGAAGGAAGCAGGGGAGAGUGGUGGUGGUGCGGAGGAGGUGCGUGUGGGGGAGGGUGGUUGUGGUGUGGGGGAGGGGGAGGGAGGAGCGCGGUGUGGCGAGGGGGAGUGCAGUGCGGUGGAGGGCAAUGUUGCUGUACAAGAAGCAGAAUGUGUAGGUGAGGAGGGUGCUGGUGCAGCAGAUGUAACGGGAGAAGGCAGGGAUAGGGAGUCCAGAGGGGCAUCGGAGCAGGCAGCAGAGGUUGCAAGCGCGCUUGCAACGAGGAUGGACAGUGCAGCACAGGUGGCAGCACAGGCUGUACCAAGUGAAACAGUGGCAUCAGAUCAGGGAGCGCCAGAGGCAGCAGCAACGGCACCAGAUUCUGAGAGGCCGCAAGCAGCAGCAGUAGCAGCAGCAGCAGCAGAGCAGGUGGGGGCGAGCAGGAAGACACACUCAUGGGCAACCUCAUGGCUGGGCUUGUCAUUCUUUGCUGCUGCAGCGCGCACAGCCACAUCCGCAGGCUCUGCAAGCCCGCUUCCCUCUCCUCUUCCAGCCUUCCCUCCCUGCUCCGCAGCAGGUGCAGCAGGCGUGGAGGGGGCAGCAGAGAGAAGCGAGGCAGAGGGAGCGGCAGAAGAGCCAGCGGCAGCGGCGGGAGGUGCAGAGGCAGCAGGGUUAGCUCCAGAAGAUGCCGCCCCAAGGCCGGGGGGGCCAGUGACACGCGACUACACACCGGCUGAUGCAGACCUAGCUCCUAGGUUCGGGCGCACACAGGCGGUGGGUGUGCAGGGCUCAGGGGGGGAGCAGGAAGGGGCGCGCAGAAGCACAGUGGUGCGAGUGAUUAAUGCAGGGGGACAGCCCAGGAAGGUGGUGGUGCCAGCAGGGCAGGGGAGAGUGCGGGGUGCGGGUGUAGAGGCAGGGAUGAGAGGGGUAGGGGGGCAUGCGCAGGUUGUUUCAGUGGCAAAGUUUGGUGCAGUGCAGGGAGGUCGGUUCUGGCUUGGUGUGAGAAGAUAG